AUACGUAUGUCUAUUUAUAUUUCUAUUGGCAUAUUUAUCACCCACUAUUCUCGACGCCAUAAUGCCGUUAAAUGGAUCGCGCAAGCCGAUAUUCAAUAUUCCAUUCGCAAUGGAAAAAUAUAUUCAUUGGGAGAAGUUUGUUUAUGUGCUACAAUUAUACACAUCGUUGAUGGUCUUUUUCACCAUUUCCUCAAUAUUAGCUACAGAAGUGCUAGCCUUAGCGUGUAUGCAACACACAUGUGCAAUGUUUAUGAUCACCAGUUAUCGAAUCAAACGUGCUGUGAACAAAAAUCAAACAAAAUUAUCGUUAAGUCUUGCCAAAAACCCUAAUGACUAUAAAAGUAUCACAGAGGCCAUCGAUUGUCACCAAAGAGCUAUCGAAUUCAACAAUUUCUUCAGAUCUAUAUCCGGAAUAAUCUAUUUGAUUUUAAUUCCUCUGAUCAUUAUAUCGUUAAGCAUUAAUACAUAUUACUUUUGCCGAUACGUUUUGUCGAGUAAUAUCAGCGAUGGAAUCUUUUGCUUUUUUAUCCUUUUGGCGUACGUCCUCUAUAUGUUCUUCAACAACUUCAUCGGUCAGCAAAUAAUAGACUACAGCCAAUUCGUGUUUGAGACAAUAUGCAACACCCGAUGGUACGCGACUUCUAUAUAUACACAAAAAUGUCUUCUGCUGAUGAUGGAGAGAAGUAUGAAGGGUUCUAAUUUGAUAGUCGGUGGUCUCUUCGUGCCAUCUUUCGAAGGUUUUGCUACGGUAAAACAAGAAAGUAUUAUCCAUGGAGGAUAUGUAACAAAAUCCUUUUCUAUUUUGUUUAGAAGAGACACGUGUAAUGUUUCAGCUCAUCAGCACGUCGCUGUCAUAUUUUAUGGUGAUUUAUUCCACACAACAGUUAUAAUAGUGGAGUCGAGAGACAUGUGAUAACGAUGAAUACAAUCAACGAGUACUCUCGUAUUUUUACAAGAAGAGGCAUGCUAUGUUAAAUAGCAAGAAACUAACGUGUCUAAAAUUUUAGAAACACUUAUCUAAUUUUAAGUAUUUUAAGUAUAUUCACUUAAGCCUAAAUGUCAUACGCGCUAAUCUAUUUCUAAAUCCAAAUAAUCCAAAUAAUCCAAAUAAAUAGCUUAAAUUUAAACAUUCCGUAUGAUUCUACUCGU